CAAUCGUCAAGCGCGAUGCAUUCCGUUUCAGUGUUAGCGGAAUUCGUGACUUGGGUAUGUCACCAAUACUACUAUUGUUUCCUUGAAUAGUACCCUCAACUUUUACUCAUGCUAUGAAAAGCAGCGAAAGCAAAAAAGAGAGAGUUAAAAACAUUGGAAAUUGGACGUCAUGCAUGUAAGUAAGCUUGUACACAGUUGAACCUUUAAGUACGACUACCUCCUACUGCAGGGGCACCCAACGUCAAUUUUCGGAAAAUAUCUGUUCGGGAGACGAUAUGAGAUCUAGAAUAUUGGGAACAUUUGUUGUAAAAUUUCUUGCUUUCCUGCCUCUCCUAGGAUUUUCGAACAUCUGAAGAAUGGUUAUACUUGCGCAUUUGUAACAGAUUUUUACCCUGAAAAUGUCACCUAGAAUUUUCGGGAGCCUUUUUUUUGGCUAAAAUUUUCGAAAAGGUAAGCUUUAAUCCCCAUAAUUUUCGGAUCACUAGACUUUCAGCUAGGAAAUCCGAACAGAUGAAAAAUUUUUAGGGGAUAAAAUAUGCCUAUAUCUACCGUUUAAAUACUAAAAUACGUUUAACAAUGCUAUGUUAAAGUGGUUUUGAACUAUAUUCUCGUUGGGUGGCCCCGUACUUUAUCAGUGACCACCUAUCAAAGUACCCAAAGACCCACAAUUUAAUGGAAUCUCUCGUAGACCACCAGCGACGUCAAAACUUUUUUGUCCUGACGGUUUUUAUAAUUUUCCAUAGUUUUCAUUCUUUGGUAAACCACAUGGCCUGAUCUCUUCGUUCGCUGUUUGUACUACCACUCCUCACAGUGUAUGAAGAACGUUCACUGACAGCAUGCAUCUACACAUAUCAGUACUAAGAAUUUGCAUGCAAUAUAUCCUCCUUUUUGAGAACCAUAUCAUGACACAUAAGCAAACUCGUCUGCGAAGUAAGACAUACUGAAAAUUGCUCUUGUAUUUUGAUUUUUGCUCUUAUUUUGAAGCUACCAGCCCAAAUUGCUUCAAAUGUUUUCUGUAAAAUACUUCUACAGUCAAUGUUUCUAGCCAGGAUCAUUUCUUGAUCGCCAACCAUAAAACCUUGACAAAUUCAAUUAAUCCAUUCGCCCCUGAGCCGCCCGUAACUGCCCGUGCAGAUCCACGUCCCUUUUACUGCUUGUGACAUCAUCAGUUUUAAUAACCAAGGACAACUUUGUCUGCUGACUUGUGCAAAUAGGGUAACUACAGAGAACAAAAGAAUCCACACCCCUACCCCCUCUCCUCCAUUCAAAGUUGGGGUUUUUGUUGUUUUCUGUUGGUAGCAAGAAUGGCAGCACAACAUUUCAUGCAAGAGGAAAAGCCUUAUUUUCCCAUUUGGAAAUCAGUAAAACGUCGAAAAGGCCCUUUAGGGCAAAGUGUCUCAAGUAAUUUUAUCGCCGAUGGUAGCUUCAAACACAUUUUUCGGCAAAAUUUCCAGAAAAAAAAAACUGCCCGUGCACAUGCACCUCCCUUCUACCACUUGUGACAUUAUCAGUUUUAAUGGUCAAGCACAACUUUGUCUGCUAACUUGUGCAGAUUGAAGAGAUCUUUCAAACCAUACCAGAAUGAGCAUAAUUCAGUCAAGGACACUGGAGAAAAGGCAAAAACCCUUGUAACAUUGACCUGAAAAUUUUCAUGAAAAUCCUGUUCCACUAUCCACUUACCUUUCCAUUCUUCUAAUCCUAAGAUACUAAAAGGUUUUCUAAAAACUAUUCCCACCAAAAUGAAGCCUACUAAAUGCCCAGCAAAAGAAAAAAAAUGAGGCAAAAAAAUUGAAAAAGAGGGGAGGAGAGAAAGCUAAAAGUAGAAGUCAAGACUGCUGUCUCCCUGUGCCAAAAAUCUUGCUUUCUGUGCAUGCCGGAACUUCACAAGCUAAUAUUUUGCAUCUGGAUCAGAAGGCUGUGAAGUGUAUGACCUGUAAAUGGCUUUAUGGUAAGUUUUAGCUCUUUAUAGCAUGACAGUGACCAGAAAACUGCUCAAGUUCAAAAUGCAUUUUUGGGCGAAAUUUUGAGGGGCAAAUGGGUUAAGGUUCAAUUUUCUUGACCCAAGGGGGUACUUCGGAUCUCAAGUGAUGGGUAUGAUCGCAAGGGGGCAAAAAUCAAAACCCCAAAAAUUUGCGGGACCAAAAAUUAACCCCCACAAAAAUCCCAUGCCGAAUUUCCUAACCUUAAAAAUUCCCAUGAGAAAGAAAAACAAGUUUAGUUGUACAUGUACUUUAUUUGUAGAAAUAUACGGCUGGCAUAUACAUGGGGAGUAUUACCAUGAGUCUUAAAAAAUAUAAUGCCACAAGAGUGUGUUCUAUUGAAAUGACCUGAUACGGUCAUUUUUUAUUAAAUUUAAUCAAUAGAUAGUGACUGUAUCAGAUCAUUUCAAAAAAAUUUUGUGCGUAAGAGUUUCUUGUCACUGUGCAGGUGUGGUAAUUGAUAAUUAUUUCUGGGAGACAGAAGAUCAGGGUUACGUAGAAAUUUGAUUGAUGCUAUAUAGCUGAUCUCUUCUGGCGUGCUCUAUAUUUUAUAUCAUAUUUUUAUUAAUCUGCUCUACGUGAAUUCCUGGUAUUUUUUUCCACUCUAGAUGUCAUUUUUUGCGUCAAAGAGUGUUUCAGAUCUGUUGUUUAAAGGAUGGACAAUAUCAACAGCUGGAGGUAAGCAAUGCUUUUCAUAGAAUUCACUUUCCCAAAAAACACAUCUUGAUGUUUGUCUAGCCAUUUUUCUAGCCAUGUUGUGGUAAAAAAAUCCAAACUAUCUAUGGCAAAAAUGUUGUUUACAUGAAGUCAAACACUUUGCAGCCUCUGAUCCUGAUGCUAAAUAUCAGCUCCUGAAGUUUGUGCUUGCCUUAGGGUAAAAUUUGGAGAGAUAGUUUUGGGUUACCAUUUGUUUUUACCCCCUCCUCUUCUUUUGCUUUUCUUUCCUGAUUUCUUUCUUUUUAAUGUAGAGCAUUAGUUUUUAUUACCGGUAGGCUUCAUUAAGCUCAGUGGAAAAAGAUGUUGGGAAAACGUUGAGAUUUGAUUACAGAAUUAAAUGUAGAUGGAAGGCAGUGGAGAUCGAUGGGUGGGGGAAUUUAGGGAAUUUUCAGGUCCACUUGUCAUAGUUUCUUGGAUCGUCCUGUGCCUGUUUUAUUGGGUGUGGUUUGAAAGAUCUUUCCCCUCAGCACAAAUUAGAUGUCAAAGUUGUCCAUGACUGUCAAAACUAUGACAUCACGAGCUACAAGGGACAUGGGUUCACACGGGUUAUCACAGACAGUUGUCUGUUGAGGAUGAAUAGAUUAAAAUUACCUUACUGGUAAUUAUACUUUCACCAGACAUUUUUUGUUUAUUUACUGAUAAUGACUUUGAAAUACAUAAAGAUAUUUCAAAAUAAUUAUUGUUCAUUAAAGUAGAAGAAAGUUCAUCUUGAAGACAUCAUAGAGAAUUAUUUGUCAUUUAGAAGACCUACAUAACUGUAUAUAUGCUGGUAUAUAAAAUUAAUGGUGCCUCAAUAAGUACACAUUGCUAAGAAAUAUUGUUAUUAACUGUUUGGCUGUGUGCAUAGAAAAAACUGGGCCUUACUUAUGGCGCUUAAGUUAUGUUAUUCAAAAUGCCAGUAAUAAAUAAAAACAUAAUGUUCUAAUUUCAGGAAUGGCUGGAUCUUGCAUUGCAGUAAUUUUAAUAGCUAUUGUGUUUGAGACUCUGAAGUCUUACAAGCCUAACCAACAAAAACCACACAAGGAAAACAGUGAAACAACUCCACUAAUUAGACGGCCAAACCAAGACCUCACCAGGUACAAAAUAUGUUACAAGAUGCUAAAAUUUCAUCUUUUUUAUUUGAUUAUUCACAUUUGUGCUAACAAUAGUUACAAGGGUUUUGUGUCUUUAUUGGUUUGAUUGGGAUAAUUUUUCCCCAGUAGGGGUGGGUUUCUCCCAUCCUUUUUUUGGUUCUGUGAUCCUUCAAGCCUGACUCACAAUUCCAGAUAACACGUUCUUUAACACAUGAUAUAAGGUGGCUGAACACAGUUUUGUGGGCGGUCAGUGGUAACUCGCAUGAAGGCGCGUGUUUUAAAUUAGACAAACAAACAUGGCGGCGAAAAAAAGCAAUGGUACACACAAGGCGAUUUCUCAAAAUCUACUCACUAAAAUUUUGUGAUAUUUAGCAAAAUUUUUACUUUUAUGGUAUUUUAAAUAAUGAGACCUUUAAAAUGGAAGUUGAACAGAUGAAAUUUUGUGACACAUUUAAUAAUUACAGUACAAUUAUAUUAUUAAUUAUUUAAAAACCUGUCUGUUAAAAUUUGGUCAAAUAAGUUCUAGAUGGUAAUGAUUAUUUAUAGUAAGCUGUGUGAAAGUUUAUAGGAAAAUCUAAUGAGCAAAUUUUACAUAAACUGAGCAAAAGUAAAAUUUUAAGGUUGUAUUCAAUCAUUCAUGUUGCCAUGGGAACUGCAAAAACGUCGGUCAAUCAAAAUCUCUCAUCAGUAUAUUUUUCUCUUGCCAAAUUUCAGCUUGUGGGCUGCAACCUUUCUCUUGCCAUGAUUUGGCAAAUGACAUAUACUCACAAACUGCCAAAACUGUGUUCAGCCACCUUAAUAAUGGAAAUUAUUCAAUUCAAUCUCCUCCCAAAAUUUUCCACUUCAUGUUGACUUUAGGUCCUUUAACUGCAUCACAAAACACUAGCUUUGGAAAUGCUCAAAAGGUUUUGGAACACCCCUGUUUUCAAACAUUCAAACAUUUUGACAACAUUAUUUUGUAAGUGUUCAGGAAAUCUUUGGAAGUUGCUGGGAUGUUUUUAGAAAAUAUAUGCCAGUCAAGACAAGACAAAAAAUCUCACACAUUUGACCGAAAACAUUGGUAUGUGUAAAUGAGUGAGCUAGUAAGGGCCAGCCCGCUGAGGCCUUUUCUUCAGGUGGGUGACACUCAACAGUGAACAGACUGACUUUGGGUUUGGGUUUCAAAAAGUAAAUUCAUGCUAUUAAUGAAUUCUCUGUUUUCUUAGUGCAUUUCAAGCCAUUUCUCACCUCAAGAAAACCCUUCUGUUCAUAGCUCAGUUAAUUAUUGGAUAUUUUUUGAUGCUGGUAGCUAUGACGUAUAAUGUUUGGUUGUUCCUGGCUGUUCUUGGUGGUUGUGGCAUUGGCUAUUUUUUGGCACACCCAUACAUGGAGUAUUAUCUUGGGCAACGCAGUGAACGCUCACAUCCAAUUUAUUAUAUCAACAGAGACUUCACUGCAUAUUCAAGUGCCAGUACUUUGUAAGUAAGUUAAUGAGUUGCUGGUGGAGAUACAUUCAAACUUACCGAAAUUAAUCAAAUUGUCUCUUAUAGCCAAAUUCGUUGUAUCGCACUGCGAGUUUUGCAAACUUCGAAGGAAUUUUGGGUUUUUCUGUUCCAUCAAUCAUCUUAGCGGACCUCUUAGGAGACAUAUGCUUAGUUGUGAUUGGUGCAUUUCGAUCCGCUUUGUUUUUGUUUCUGUGAUCGCCCUGUUUCGGCCAAUAAUCGACUAGUUUUCUUCAAAGAUUUUCUGAACUUUCUUAUUCUUGACUCUUGCAUUGGAAGAAUAAAGCAAUGCCUGCCUCCUGCCCUUGACAAAAAUUCCAUUCAUCAUCGUGAUUUCCUUCGCUAUUCUUGAGCAGUCUAGAGUCAUUCUCAGUUUAGUUUUUGCCGGCCAAGCUGAGCGAGUGUGUUGCAUUGUGAUUUGCAUUAACUCUACCCCACUCAAAUGAUUGACGGAACAGAAAUUCGAAGUUUGCAAACGCGCAGCGCGAUACAACGAAUUUGGCUAUAAUCCUUAUGCCUCGGUAAUAGGAUUCUUUUCAAAAAAGGACAACUGUAAAAUACUUUAUCCGUUCCCUAAUGAUAAUCCCUAAAACCAGAAUUGAAAAAGAUAUUUUAUUUGUGGAUCAAAAGCUAGACAUUUCGUAAAGAUCAGUAGCCUUAGAAAACAGAUGACAUUUUGUGACACCACCACUGGUUUCCCCGUGAAGUGACGUCUGAGAAAGGAGCGCAGAAAAUCCAUACUGAUGACGUGUCACUAACCAGAUCUGGGUAGUGCCUCUGAUUGGUUGAAGCAAAUUUUCAGCCAAUCAGAAGCACUGGUUUCCUUGCAAAAUGAGGAAUGAGAAACAAGCACAGAAAUUCCAUACCCUAUGAGGCAUCACUGGGAGAACUAGUUAGUGUUUCUGAUUGGUUGAAGCAAAUUUUCAGCCAAUCAGAAGUACUACCCAAAUCUGGGUAGUAACAAGUCAUCAAUAUGGAAUUUCUGUGCUUAUUUCUCAGAUGUCAUUUCAACGGAGAACCAGUAGUGGCGUUGCGAAAUGUGGGCUGUUUUGUCAGGGUUCAUAAAGAGUUGCUCUAGAAAUUUUAUUUGAAUGUUGUCAAAUUGGAGUUCAUUAACCCAUAUCUUAACUUUGGGGUUACUCAAGAAGGAUUUUUUCAUAGGAAGGCCUUGUUCCAAUUUUUUUUCAUCCAUUUUUUGUCUAUUUUGCUGAUUUUGAGAUUCAUCUUCUUGUACAUGUACUCUCGUGUCGCACUGGCAAUGUUUAUGUUUUGUGGAUUCUCAAAUGUAUGCAUUAUAAAGUUGCGGGCUCCAAACACUUGAGAUCAGGGUCUGUUUUC